AUGCACCCCCGAACCUUUGGAGCGUUCCUGAUUGUGCUCACGUUCGGCGCAACAGACGCGGCCGACAAGUGUGCGAGCAACGUGCUCAUCAAGGCCUUUGAAGGGCUCAACGUGAACACCUUCCUCGUGUCGUGCAUGACACAGAACAACUUCAGUGCCGCGCUCGACGGCUCCGUCGACCUCACGGCCGAGGACGCCGCGUCAGCCCCCGAGCAGGUCAAGACGAUCUGCGCUUCGGACUCGUGCACGACCAUUCUGUCGGCCCUCGUAGGCAGCGCGAAUUUCAACCUCACCAACUGCACCGUCGGUGACGACCUCGUGCUAAUGACGGAGAUCAGUAACCUCCAGACCACGUGCACGGCGCUCUCGGCCCCGUCAGAGCCGAAAAACAAGGAAGGCGCGCCGAGUGAAGCGACGACCGACGCUCCUACCGACGCUCCUGUACCCGAUAUCCCUCCGACAACGACGAUGACGGAACCUGCUCCUAACAACGACUCUACCCCUACUCUAACUGCUCCUAAGGACAGUCCUGAAGCUACUUCGGCCACGCCUCCUGUAGUACCGACCGCUUCUGCUGAGGUCCCAGCUCCAGUUGAUGGUCCAGCCGUAGCCGUUCCGACAAAGGAGGCAGCUCCUGCAGAUGAAAAUGUGGACCAAGAGUCGGAAGAAGAGCUGAAAAAGCAGACGGUGGUGGUGAAUGCGGUCAGCGGUCCUGUCGGUGACCAUCCGCCUAGUGCCUACUGCGAGCACUAG